UCUGUGGACACAUUCAGGCUGUUUCCCAGAGAGCACAGCUGUAACUUGAGUCUCAAUCAGGCUGGGAGUGACGGGGCGGGUGGGCAGGUGACAGCCAGGGCAGGGACAUUUGCCCAGACACAGGUACACAGCAGCCUGGCAAGCCACACGUGUGGCCCCAAGGAGACAAGGGGCUUCAGGGAUCCAUCCCGGUGUCCGGGCUGUGUCCCCACCAUGGGCAACAAGCAGACUGUCUUCACUCAUGAGCAGCUGGAAGCAUAUCAGGACUGCACGUUCUUCACAAGGAAGGAGAUCAUGAGGCUCUUCUAUCGCUACCAGGACCUGGCCCCUCAGCUCGUCCCACUGGACUAUACCAGCUACCCCGAUGUGAAGGUGCCCUACGAGCUCAUUGGCAGCAUGCCUGAGCUGAAGGACAACCCCUUCCGCCAGAGGAUCGCCCAGGUCUUCUCAGAGGACGGAGACGGCCACAUGACUCUGAACAACUUUCUAGACAUGUUUUCCGUGAUGAGUGAGAUGGCUCCCCGUGACCUCAAAGCCUAUUAUGCUUUUAAAAUUUAUGCUGCACUGGCCUUGCUGUUCCCUGAACACACCAAACUCUUUCUGCCUCCUGGUCUUUGCCUAUGCUAUACUCUCUGCAUGGAGCACCUUGCCCUCAGCUCCUUCUUAUCCUUGAAGUCAAGGUCGAAAGUAGGACCUGCUUCCAGUCACUCUGCAUCCCACUGUCCUAUUUCUCUCCUAGAACUGUCCAAUGCUGCUUAAUUUCUUAUUUAUUGCCCUGUUCACUUUUUAUUGAGAGACCCACAGGUAGCAACAUAUCUGUUUUGUUCACCAUCUGUCUCCUGUGCCCGGCACAUAGUAGGUGCUCAGUGAAGAUUUGUUGAAUGAAUAAAUGAAAGAAAAGCAGUUAUCUUAGUGUCUGGCACUUAGCAGGCACUCAAGAAAUACUUGUUCAGCAAGUGACUGAAUGAAAAUCAGUUAUCAGGGUGUCUGACACAUAGUAGGUGAUCGAUAAAUACUUGUUGAAUAAAUGAAUGAAUGAAAAAGUUAUCACAGUGCUUGGUAUGCAGUAGGCACUCAGUAACUCUUUUUUGAGUGAGUAAAUGAAAAUAGUUAUCACAGUGUCUGGCACCCAGUAGAUGCUGAAGAAAUACUUGUUGAAUGAGUGAAUGAAUGAAUUAUAACCAGUUAUCAUGGUGCCUGACACAUAGUAGGUGCUCAGUAAAUACUUUGUUGUGUGAAUAAAUGAAUGAACUCCCAGCAGGUCCCUGCCCAAUGCCAGGAUCCAGAUUUUACCCCAGGGCCUUGGGUGCCCUCCCAGUGCCUCAGUUUCCUCCUCUGAAACAUGGGGACAAGAUGUGCCCACAGACAGCCCAGCUUGCCUGCCACCUGCUGUCUCUGCCCAUCCAUCCUGCUCCACAGACUUUAACAAUGAUGACUACAUCUGCACGUGGGACCUGGAGCAGACAGUGACCAAGCUGACCCGGGGGGAGCUGAGCGCUGAGGAGGUG